GGGUGGGGUUGAGCAAAAAAAAAGAAGAUUUUAACAGAAUCAAUAGAUAGAGAUGGAGAACAACAGCAACAAAGUUUAAUGAAAGGAGAUGAGAGGAGAAGACCCUCAAGAAGAGGAAGAAGAAGAAGAACAACAAGAGAAGAUGAAGACUUGUUGCUGUUGCUAACUCUCUCUCUCUCUCUCUCUCUCUCUCUCUCAUUUCUUCUUAGUUCUAACUUCCCAUCCUAAGUUGGGUAUAGCAAGAUUUGAUAAGAGUCAGUUGGUUAGUUGGUUGGUGGUUGGUUCAAUUCAGUUGUUAUCUCAUUCUUCUCUAUUCCUUUCCUCUCUGUCUUUAAAUUCUGUCAUUUAGAAUACAUAGGAUGGCACAAUUACCUCCCAAAAUCCCAAAUAUGACACCCAAUUGGCCUAAUUUCACACAUCAAAGGAUACCUUCCAUGGGUAGUUUGAUGCCAACCACAACCACCACCACCACCACCACCACCCAACACCAACCACAGCCUUCACAACAACCUUCAUGGGUUGAUGAAUUCCUCGACUUCUCAUCGGUAAAGCGCGGCGCUCACCGGAGAUCGGCAAGUGACUCAAUUGCCUUCCUUGAAGCCCCUCUUGUGGAAGAAUGCAGAAGCUCCUCAGCCACAUUAAGGCCUUCCAACCAUGAGUUUGAUAGAUUAGAUGAUGAACAACUCAUGUCUAUGUUCUCUGAUGACAUUUCAGCCAAUGUACCUCCCACGGUAUCAUCUUCCAAUCCUUCUACACCGUCAGAUCACAACAGUAUUAACGAUGAGAAGCCUACACCAUCUGAUCAACAGUUAAAGAAUGAGUCCGGUGAGGUCCAGAGCUCAUGCCAACCUGACCCUCCUGUCCCUCCUACCUCUGCUAAUGGUGAUCCCAUUGUUGAUCCUAAACGGGUCAAAAGGAUACUAGCCAACCGGCAAUCGGCGCAGAGGUCACGAGUGAGGAAGCUACAAUACAUUUCGGAGCUCGAACGCAGUGUAACAUCCUUACAAACGGAAGUAUCAGCAUUGUCACCGAGAGUCGCAUUUCUUGAUCAUCAACGAUUGGUGCUUAACGUCGAUAAUAGUGCUCUCAAGCAAAGAAUCGCAGCGCUUGCACAAGAUAAGAUAUUCAAAGAUGCUCACCAAGAAGCACUGAAGAAGGAGAUAGAGAGAUUACGGCAAGUGUAUCACCAGCAGAACCUUAAGAAGAUGGGCAAUACCGCACAUACUGCAACUAAUGCGCCACCUUCUGAUACCCAUGGUGGUGCAGACAAUGGGCAGCUGAUUAAUUGAAGGAGGGGUUGAGACGACCUUGAAAGGCUAUGGUGCAAUUUGCUAACCUGGCAUCCACAUGAUCUGUUUCCCUUUUCUGUAGGUGGGUCCUUACAAAGAUUUACAAAGUUCAAGGAUAGGAAAAGGACACGUGGACCCUUUUUUAUUUUCUUUUCAUUGAGAAGAUGAUUGGGUCUGGGUCUGGAUCUGGAUCUGGGUCGGGUAGGGAGAGGGGGGGGG